UUAAUCAUAUUAAGGAAGUAUAUUAUCAUUUUCAAUAGUUCAAUUCAAAGUUCUUCCGAAGAUUCAUCAUUCAAGCUUGUUUCUUUUUGUACCUUUAAAUGAUUCAUUCAUUUUUUCGGAUUCAGAAACAUUGAAAUUGAAAAAAGAACGAAAACAAACAUAACGCACACACAUCAAUCGAAUUUACGAUUUCAAAUUAAAGUAAAUUUGAAUCAAAAAUGUCUGAAAGUGUUCAUGCAGUCGUAUCAAAUCGACAACAACAACAAAGAAAUUGUCAUAAUAAUAAUGAUGACAAUUUGAUUCAAGAUGUUCAACAACAACAAUCAAUCGACAAUGUCCAUGAUGAUGAUGAUGAUAUCGAUAUUAUUGGCCGUAGUACAAAUACAGAUAUGACCAAUAUGAUGCCAACAACAUCAUCAUCAUUAUCAUCAUCAAAUUAUUUUACAAGAAAUUUUCAACAACAACAACAAUCUUCCAGUUUAAAUUCAUCAUCAUCACCACCACCUAAUCAUCAACAACAACCACCACCGAUAUCAUUAUCAUUACAACAACAACAACAGAAUUCAAAACGUUUACGUAAUUCAUCAUCUGAAUCAUCGGCGGUGCCGACAAUUCAUGGUUACAAUCAUCAUCAUCAUCAUAAUCAUCAUCCGAUGGCCACUAUAAAUCCAAUUACAAUGACAACACCGAAUCAAUUUUUUCAAAAUUCAAAUAUUACUACAUUGCCACCAUCAUCAUCAGAUUAUCCUUAUCAUCAACAUUUGUCACAACAACAACAACAACAACAAUCUUUAAAUGAUAAUGGAAAAAAUAAUUCAACAACACAACCGACGACAACAACAACAAAUGAAUGGUCAAUCGAUAAUAAUAAUUCUGGUCUACAACAAUAUCGUAAUCGUUUACGACGUCGUCUUCGUUAUCAUUUUAUGUCACCAAUUGAUAAAUGGAAAAUUAAAGGAAGAUUUCCAUGGAAAUUAUUAUUACAAAUUAUUAAAAUUAUAUUGGUUACAACACAGGUUAUUUUAUUUGGUAAUAAUACCGAUUCAAUUCGUAUGGCUGAUAAUAGUAUGCUAAUGACAUUGCAUGAUCUUUUCCUAUUACAUUGGGAUUCAUCAUUAGAUCAUCAAACAAUUCCACCAAAUAUUGGACCAUAUGCAGUCUAUACUAAAGAUGAUGUUUAUAGACAUAUUGAUUAUGCUAUAAAAAAUUAUGCAAACAUGUCAAAUUUAGCACUUGGUUCAUUUGGUUAUCGUAUCGAUCAUCAUUCAAAUAAUAAUAAUAGUCAUAAUCAUCAUCAUCAUCAUAAUAAUAAUACAAAUAGAAUGUCAACAAUAACAGCAUGUUUUGAACGUUAUAUGAAUGUAACAUUAAAUCCAACAACAAGUGAAUAUUUUAUUGAUACACGUAUUGAUCAACAAUUUAUUACAAUUAAAAAUCUUUAUCCAUCUGGAUCAAAUGAAUGGAAAAAUUUUUCAUUCGAACAAUAUCUACAAAUUCAUCAUCCAGAACAAUUACAAUUUGAAUCAUUAAUACAUUUAUCGAUUAGAUUUCCAUUACGUGUUAUUCUAUUGAAUACAUUGACUACAUCAAAUAUACCAAGAUGUUAUGAUUUAAAUCUGGCUAUUAAUUUUAAUAAUCGACCACAUUCAGGUGAAAUAGCAAUCACUAUGUCAUUGAAUAAAUUACUUAUUAAUUGUAAUGGUAACCUGAAAGCAUAUAAUCAUGCAACACGAUUACAUGAAAUAACUAUCGUAAUCAAUACGAUUGUAUUAUUUUUGUGUUCAAUGUCGUUAAUAUUAUGUUUACGAACAUUAAUGAAUGCUCAAUCACUUCGUAAAGAAACGAAUCGUUUUUUUACUGUUGCCUAUAAACGUAGUUUGGAUACACAUUCUUCAUUACAUUUCAUUGAUGGUUGGAUUCUAAUGAUUGUAUUCAAUGAUUGUCUAUUAAUGAUUGGUACUAUUAUUAAUUUGUUACGAUUAUUCGAUUUGAUUGGACCACAUCGUAUUGAUUCGAUUCAUCCAAUCGAAUGGGAUAAUCUUUGUUCAGCAUUAUUAGGUGUUGGACUUUUAUUGGUAUGGUUUGGUAUACUACGUUAUCUAACAUUUUUUGAUCAAUAUAAUAUACUAUUGGUAACAAUCAAACAUUCAUUAUCAAGAGUUUUACGUUUUAUGUUAUGCGUAUUAGUAUUGUAUGGUGGAUUUUGUUUUAGUGGUUGGAUUAUACUUGGACCAUAUCAUUUUAAAUUCUAUACGCUUGCACGUACAAGUGAAUGUUUGUUUGCAUUGAUGAAUGGUGAUGAUGUUUUUGCAACAUUUGCCUAUUUGGAAUCAACAUCAUUAUUUGUUUGGUGGUUUUCAAGAUUCUAUCUUUAUAGCUAUGUACUAUUAUUCAUUUAUGUUGUUUUAUCGUUAUUCAUUGCUAUAUUAAUGGAUUCAUAUGAAACAAUUAAAGAUUAUUAUGCACAUCGUUCAAAUCAACGUACUGUUCGUGUUGAUUUUACCUGGUCAAAUGAUCAAUUAUCAAGAUUUUUAAUUGCCAUUUUUAAUGAUAAUGAUGAUGAUAAUAAUUUAGAUUCAUUAUCAAGUUAUCGUUUUAGCUUAAUACAAGAUGAACAUGAACAACAUCGUAUUAAUGAUACAAAUCAAUCAAAUAAUAAUAAUAAUAAUCAAUAUAAUUGUUGUUCAAAUUGUAAUAAUAAUAAUAAUAAUCAUCAAAAUUAUUUUGCAUGUUGGCGAUGGCCAUUAUUACAAAUAUUAACAAAUUUUUUUAAUCGAUUAUUUAAUCGUUCAUCAUCAUCGUCAACAGCAAAUCAUCAUUCAUCAUCAAUAUCAACAGCAACGACGUCAACAGAUGGCGAUAUGGAACCAUUAACUCAAACGGAAAUGAUUAACUGAAUGAAUGAAUGAAUGAAAUAAUCCAAGAAUGCAUUUUAUUCUAAUUUUUUUUUUGUUAAUCUAACGAAAUAUUUUAUUUUCAUUUUUUUUUUUGUGAU